ACCCGGGCGGUGGCGGCCGCAGGAAAUCCGAGCUGGGCCUAGCCCGCGCGCGACCCCAUCCCCGUCACCGCCGAGCGACCCCUGGGCCGGGCCAUGGACGCAGCACAGCCGGAGCCGGGAGAAGAGUUCCUGAAUGGGGAGGACACCAGAACCCUUCAUUGUGGGGAUCCCAAGCCAACCAGGGAUCCGAGACACCAGGCCCUGACCCCCUCCCCCUUCGGAACCCUCACCCCGGAUGACUGGGGGAGGGGACCCAGGAAGGGGAAGUGGCCGCUUCUGCUUCUGAUUUUUGUGAUGGGGGGGCAGGGUGUCGCUGUCACUGCUGGUGAUGGGAAGGCAAAGCAGUAGGACCCCCGCAAUAGGAGCUCCUCCAUAGCUCUGGGGUGGGGACAAAGUCAAUUUUGGGCCCCUUAGAAGGGAGGGGUGGCAGAAGUGUGGCAGGGUCCGACUUGCACUUCCGUCUCUCUUUGUGUCUCUAUGUGCUGUCAGUCUUUUUGUCCCUCAUUGUGGCUUCAAUCUGCCUGUGUGUUUCUGCCGCAGGCUUUGCGCCUGUCUGCCCCACGUGUGUUUCCAUCUGUCUGCUCUAGGGUCCAUGUGGUUCCAUUGUCAAGCCAGCUGCAUCUCCGGGCAUCUGCUUUGUGGCUUUCUUCCUCUGUCCGUGCCUGUGUGGGUGUCUGCCCCUUGGAGCAGCUCUGGGUCCAUCAUCCUGUCCCGAGUUUGCCCCCCUAAUCACACUCUCUCUCCCGCCGGGCUCACCCAGCCCCUUCCCAGACACAGGCCUCCCAUCCCAUCCUAUAGUCCUCACUGGGACAGGAGGGAGUGAGACAGUGACACACACACACACUUUCGUGACCCUCCAAAUGCACGGAGGUGCCGCGGGUGGAGGGAAGCAGCCGUCGGCCCAAGUGGAACACCCCCUCCCUCCAGGGUUACCCCCGGCUCCCGAGGGCAGGAAGAGGUACAGUGACAUCUUUCGGAGCCUGGACAACCUCGAGAUCUCACUGGGGAAUGUGACCCUUGAGAUGCUGGCUGGAGACCCUGUGCUCUCAGGAGACCCUGAGCCUGAUAAGGCCCCCACAGCCACUGUGAUGAGAGAGACCAGCGAAACCAGUUGUUGGAGCAGCCCAUCCCCAGAGGGUCCUGCACCCCUCACAGGGGAGGAACUGGACUUGCGGCUGAUUCGGACCAAGGGGGGUGUGGACGCAGCCCUGGAGUACGCCAAGACCUGGAGCCGCUAUGCCAAGGAGCUGCUGGCCUGGACUGAGAAGAGAGCCAGCCAUGAGCUGGAGUUUGCUAAAAGCAUCAUGAAGAUUGCAGAGGCCGGCAAGGGGUCCAUCUACCAGCAGAGCCACAUGCCACUGCAGUACAUCUACACCUUGUUUCUGGAGCACGACCUCACACUUGGGGCCCUGACGCAAGAGACGGUGGCUCAGCAGAGGAGGGACUACUACCAGCCCCUGGUGGCCAAACGGACUGAGAUUGAGAAGUGGCGGAAGGAGUUCAAAGAGCAGUGGAUCAAAGAGCAGAAGCGGAUGAACGAGGCUGUGCAGGCGCUGCGGCGUGCCCAGCUCCAGUACAUCCAGCGCAGUGAGGACCUGCAGGCCCGCUCCCAGGGGUCCCCAGAGGACCCGGCCCCCCAGGCUUCGCAGGGGCCCAGCAAGCAACAAGAGCGGCGGCGGCGCUCGCGUGAAGAGGCCCAGGCCAAGGCUCAGGAGGCCGAGGCGCUGUACCAAGCCUGCGUCCGGGAGGCCAACGCGCGGCAACAGGACCUGGAGGCUGCCAAGCAGCGAAUCGUGUCGCACGUGCGCAAGCUGGUGCUGCAGGGGGACGAGGUGCUGAAGAGGGUGACCCUGGGCCUGUUUGGGCUGCGGGGUGCGCAGGCGGAGCAUGGUCCCCGUGCCUUUGCGGCCCUGGCCGAGUGCUGCGCACCCUUCGAGCCCGGCCAGCGCUACCAGGAGUUUGUGCGGGCGAUGCGGCCAGAAGCCCCACCGCCUCCGCCUCCCGCCUUCUCCUUCCAGGAGUUCGUGCCUGCAGCGCACAGCUCCCCUCCAGACACUAGGAAGAAGCUCUCAGCCCCCCUGCCUCCACGGCUGGAUGAGGGUGCAGCUGAGCCAGGCCCCUGGGAGGAUACGAGCCUCCGCUGGCAGGGGACCCCAGGCAGUGAUGUGGAGAGUGUGGGCGGUAGCAGUGAGUCUCGAUCCCUGGACUCUCCUACUUCUAGCCCAGGCCCUGGCUCCCGGCGGCUGGUGAAGGCCUCAUCCACAGGCACCGAGUCCUCAGAUGACUUUGAGGAGAGAGACCCUGACCUGGGAGAUGGACUAGAGAACGGGAUGGCUGGCCCCUUCAGGAAGUGGACACUAUCCAGUGCAGCACAGACCCACCGGCUGCGGCGGCUGCGAGGCCCAGCCAAAUGCCGAGAGUGCGAGGCCUUCAUGGUCAGCGGGACCGAGUGCGAGGAGUGUUUUCUGACCUGCCACAAGCGCUGCCUUGAGACACUGUUGAUCCUCUGCGGACACAAGCGGCUCCCAGCACGGACCCCCCUCUUUGGGGUCGACUUCCUGCAGCUGCCCAGGGACUUCCCGGAGGAAGUACCCUUCUUGGUGACCAGGUGCACGGCCGAGAUAGAACAUCGUGCCCUGGGUGUGCAGGGCAUUUACCGGGUCAGCGGGUCCCGGGUCCGCGUGGAGCGGUUGUGCCAGGCCUUUGAGAAUGGCCGCGCAUUGGUGGAGCUGUCAGGGAACUCACCUCAUGACGUCUCGGGUGUCCUCAAGCGGUUUCUCCAAGAGCUCACCGACCCUGUGGUCCCCUUCCACCUCUACGAUGCCUUCAUCUCUCUGGCCAAGACCCUGCAUGCAGACCCUGGGGACAACCCUGGGACCCCCAGCCCCAGCCUCGAGGUCAUCCGCUCGCUUAAGACCCUCUUGGUGCAGCUGCCUGACUCUAACUACAACACCCUGCGGCACCUGGUGGCCCAUCUGUUCAGGGUGGCUGCACAGUUUGAGGAAAACAAGAUGUCUGCCAACAACCUGGGCAUUGUGUUUGGACCGACGCUUCUGCGACCACCAGACAGUUCAGGGGCAGCUGGUGCCGGUCCGGUCGUCUGCCUGCUGGACUCGGGGCACCAGGCCCAACUGGUUGAGUUCCUCAUCGUGCACUACGAGCAGAUCUUUGGGAUGGAUGAGCUGCCCCUGGCCACAGAGCCCCCAUUUCACAACCCCAGCCCGGCCCCUGGGGACCUCACAACCAGCCUCCAGCCAGAACCCCCAUACCUCAUCCAGGACCCUGUGCCCCCAGCCCUAGCUUCAGACCCAGGCCCAGACUCUGAGCCCCAAAGUGUUCUGGAGAAGCAUCCUGAGGCUGUGUCCCCCGAGAGUCCAACCCUGCAGAGUGACCAGAGAGAAGAAGUGGCCACAGACACCAGAGAUGGAGGAGGCGAAGCAUCCAACCGAGGUCCUGAGGACUCACUUCUGGGAACACAGCCCCGCGGCCACUUCAGCCGCCAGCCUGUUAAGUACCCUCGGGGGGGUGUGCGGCCUGUCACCCACCAGCUGUCCAGCUUGGCCCUGGUGGCUUCCAAGCUGUGUGAGGAGACCCCUGUCACAGCAGUACCCCAUGGGAGCUUGCGGGGACGGGGGGCUGGCCCUGCUGCCUCCUCGCCUGAGGGCAGCCCCCUGCGCCGCACCCCUCUGCCCAAGCACUUUGAGAUCACCCAGGAGACAGCCCGGCUACUCUCCAAGCUACACAGCGAUGCUGUGCCCAGAACCACCUGCUGCAUGGAUCCCCAGCCUGAGGCCACCUGCUGCAUGGACCCCCAACGUGAGGAAGUUGAGGACCAACUCUGACCAUCCCUCAGCCUGGCAGAGGGGCCCAGGGCUGAGAAGACAGACCCACUUCUCCCCUCCUUCCCCCCAGGAAUUCAGUGUUGGGGGGCCCAGGAGAGUUCCUAUGAGGAAAGACUGGACAGCCUAAGGGAGGCCUAAAACCUUCUGUGGGGCAAUGUCCCAGGACCCCUACCCCACCAGACCCAGGUCACGGCCAGCAUCAGGGUCACUCAGGGUCAAUGCUCAGGGUCAACAUAGGUCACUGGAUCCUGGGGGUCCACCCUAGUCUCUGUCCCCUGGGGCAGGGCUGCCUUUUGCUACUUUGGUUGUAGCCAUUCCCUCAUCCCCUCCUCUUCUCCUCCCCCUGCCUGCCUCCCUUGCUGAAUCCAAGUGGAGAGAGUGGUUAGCCCAAACCCGAUUCCCCACAUCCUGGUGAGGUCUGGGGCCUAGUGGUUCCUGAAUAAACCGUGUCAUGUGUG